UUCUUCCACUCUGCGGCUUUACAACGACGAGCCGACCUGAAUAUCUACAAUUGUAGACACAGGAAGCCGCGACGAGAGCUCUUCGUGUCCGCUUGUCAUUCAUCGUCUUAUUCACACGAAUGAGUCCCGUCGGUUCGUGUCCCCUCUGGACGGUGGAAAUGUGGACGCCGAAGACAGACACGGACCGGCCGAGUUUCUGCCAUCGCUGCCGGCGGUGAAGAUGACAACGAUGGUGCGUUCGCGUCAUUUUUUCUGACUCUGAAACGUCACAUCCCAAACAAACACACAAAUAGGAGACGAACGCCGUCAAACUUUCAAAAAUGAGGAUCUUCAUGUGUCUGCUGAAAUACACUAACCCCAAAAUCGAGUAUUACUCCCGAUUUUCGCCGUCUCCGCUCUCCAUCAAGCAGUUCCUGGAUUUUGGCAGGGAGAAUGCCUGUGAGAAAACAUCCUACAUGUUCCUGCGUAAGGAGCUGCCGGUACGGCUGGCCAACACCAUGAGAGAGGUCAACCUGCUGCCUGACAAGCUGCUCAGCCAGCCGUCUGUCAAACUUGUCCAGAAGUGGUACAUCCAGAGCUUCAUGGAGCUGCUGAAUUUCGAGAACAGGAAGGCAGAGGACCCUCACACUCUGAAUGAUUUCCUGGAAAUCUUGAUUGACAUCCGAAACCGCCACAACGACGUCGUGCCCACCAUGGCUCAGGGCGUCAUCGAGUACAAGGAGAAGUUUGGCUUUGACCCCUUCAUCAGCAGCAACAUCCAGUAUUUUCUCGACCGCUUUUACACCAACCGCAUCUCUUUCCGCAUGCUCAUCAACCAGCACACUCUGCUGUUCGGUAACGACACCAACCCCGCCCAUCCCAAACACAUCGGCAGCAUUGAUCCCAACUGCAGUGUGGCUGAAGUUGUUAGUGAUGCCUAUGACACUGCCAAGAUGUUGUGUGAGAAGUACUACUUAGCUGCUCCCGAGCUCAAGAUUGAGGAGUUCAACAUGAAAGCUCCGAAGAAGCCCAUCCAGGUGGUAUAUGUGCCCUCGCAUCUGUUCCACAUGUUGUUUGAGCUCUUCAAGAACUCCAUGAGAGCAACAGUGGAGCUUCAUGAAAACAGCAAGGAGGGGCUGCCGCCAGUGAAGGCGAGAGUCACUCUGGGCAAAGAGGAUCUGUCGAUAAAGAUCAGUGACAAAGGAGGAGGAGUUCCUCUGAGGAAGAUAGACCGACUCUUUAACUACAUGUACUCCACUGCCCCGACGCCCAGCCUGGAGCCAGGAGCCGUCCCAUUGGCUGGUUUUGGUUACGGUUUGCCGAUUUCCCGGCUCUAUGCUCGAUACUUCCAGGGCGACCUGAAGCUCUACUCCAUGGAGGGAGUGGGCACAGAUGCUGUCAUCUAUCUGAAGGCUCUGUCCAGUGAGUCCUUUGAACGCCUCCCUGUGUUCAACAAGUCAGCUUGGCGGCACUACAAGACCAGCCCCGAAGCGGACGACUGGAGCAACCCCAGCAAAGAGCCGCGUGAUGCCAGCAAGUCCAUAUACAAAGCCAACAGAUAACUCUGCAUAUCCUGCCAGCAUAAAUUGCUGCUUUCUGAGUGGAGCAUGCACGCUGAAAUGUUGCCCGUGGGUAAAAGCUUCGUUUUGGAUGAGACUUGCUUUCACAUUGCACUGGUGAAAGGUUUGUUAGGGUGUUGUGACCCGGAUUUACAUUUGCACCCAAUUGCAAUAACCUUCCUUAGCGUAGCUUUUGUUGUUGUGGCUCAGAACAGAGUGAAAAAUUCUCAGUAUUGUAGCUGCAGCGUAUCGAACCCCAAUUGUAAAUUCUAUCAAUUUCAUUGUUGAAGUUAAAUUCACUGCAACACUCCUGUCUUUAACCUCUUGUCUCAUGCCGUUUUCUGACCAAGCUGUUCCUCCCUCUGGCCAGACAAACCCGACUCUUUCUCGGCUUUAGAAAGACUUAUUCUGUUUCUUUCUCUCAUAACACAGUGCAAUGUUUCAGUGCAAUGAGAAGAGGAAGAGGUUUUUAUUUGUGGUUUUCUUUGUGAAACACGUUUGAUUAAAUGCACCAGUAGGCUAGUUUGUUGUUAAAGUGGCAACUACUUGUUUUGAUUGCACUUUUUAAGACUUUUAGUCAGGGUUAAUUGUUAAAAAAGAUAUUUAUAAAUUAGAAACUAGAUGCACCUUCUUGAAAAAAGAAAAUGGAACAGGUAAUGCUUCAAAGACAUAUUUGAAGUCAUAACCUGUUUAUAUCUAUGAAAGAAAGCCUUAUUUUUUGGGAACUUACAAUAUGUUUGUUUUUGUUUUUUUUAUAGCCAUGCCUUCAUGGUUCAUGGUGUAUUGGAUUUUGAACAAUGUUAAAGGGAGGCAAUAUAAAUGAAAGUAGUCUAAAAUAUUGAUUAUAUUUGACUUGCUUAGCUUCAUUGUCUAAGAUUACCCAGCCACAAAUGAGCAUUACUUAAAAGUAAUAACGCUCAUCAGACACUACUGCUUCCAACCCUGAUUAACUAAAAGUACCAAACGAGUCAUAUAUGUAUAAGACAUUGUCUUACGCGCCAUUCCAGCAUUGUGCGCCGAGUAGCUUUCCCAAAACCAGCAAUAUGUAAUGUACCAAUGUUUAUAGGAACGAAUGGACCUGUAGCACCUGAACAACGGACGCUGUUCUGCUUGUCAUCAUUUCAUGCUGCUGUGGAGGAUAAACCACAGGCUCACUGCUUUGUGUGCUUUUGGCAUCAUCUGAUUGGCCUUGUGUUUCACUUGAAUUCCUGCUGAUCCCUGCAGUCUUCUGAAUGAGUUUGAACAAAGUUUGUAAAUGUAAUUUUGCAUUUUCUUAUGCUGAGUUAAAGUGAACUAGAUGUUGCAGUUGUUUACGUUUUUGAUAUUUUGGUGAUAAUUUGAACAUUUAGUUUAUGUUUUGUUGUUUUAAAAAAAAGUUAUUUAAGAAAAAGGAAAAAAACAUCACACGGCACAUAAAGAUCACUGUUUGGAGAGGCAGUAAGAGGAAAUAUGUCCAAAGAAAAGACUCUGGAUUGUGAAAUAUCUCAUCUAAUUUGUCAUGCAGACUCAAACCAUCUUAAAACAAUAUAAGUUGCAUAAAAAAAUUACAGCACCGUAAUGUUUUCAUUCGGUGUUUAUGAUUGCAGAAACGAAUAUUUUCACAGAAAAUUUAGGUUGGAGUUUUGCAUCACCAGUUCUGUUCCUAUGGGAAACAUGCUGAGAGCAGAGCUUACAAAGCUCUUACAGUCAGUAUAUCUGCUUAAUAUAAAAGUAAAGCAGUAUAAAAAUAACAAUAAUAAAAACAUCCACUUUUUCUUACACGGUUCCCGCAAAUAGUUAAAAUUCAUGAGUGUUUUGUACAGCUUUGAAAAUGCUUUUAACUGCCUAUUUUAAUAGUUCAGACAUCAAAUUCUUGUAUGGAUAGAUUUGAACAGUGGAAACAAUCUUAGGACUACAGCAGAAGCUAACAUUUGUCAAUCAACAAGAAAAAGGAAAGGCUCUCCAGGAUUGGUUGCUUUCCAAACUUUACUCAAAAGUUCCACAGAAAAAUCUGCAAAUAUUGAACAUUCCUUUGCAUAUCGAAAAAUGCUUUACAUGUUCCCCUCUUCGAGUGCGUUCGCACAGGAAGGUGGUUGCAAACAUGGCGAUGUUUUUCAGGCACAUAAAGUAUCAUUUGUAUUUUAGUGACUGAAGUUCUUUUGAGACCCCCUUUGGAAUCGCCACCAUUCAGCCUCUGGGACAAAGUCAAUCUGUCUUCAUACAAACAAAGAGAGUCCUACUGAGCUUAAAAUUUUACCUCUUUACAGAACACAAGUUCAACGGUUCUGAACUAACUACUCGAAAAGAAGAUUGUGGGAAAUUCCAUCAGUCCGAAGUAGUUUCCUUCUUUCAUCUCCUUUAGCGUCACCUGAAGUAAAAUAAAAGAAGAAUGCAGUGUUGGAAAACCUUCCACCUCCUGUAGAUGCUCCACAUUUCACCACUGCCAAUACCUUUGAAACCUGCCAGUCAAACCAAAGGACACUUAAUCACACACCUGCUGUAAAAAAAAAAGUCAAAAAGUGCUAUGUUAUUGAAUAGCAGUAAAUGUGUGGGUAAAUGUUUGCUCUCCCUUUAGAACGGUCCUAAGAAAAUGUACUUUUUGACUCAAAACAAGACGCCGCAACACAGAAGAUCCUCCAUUUUCUUGCUCGGUUGUUGUGAACCUCUGCUGUCAUCAAAACAUCCACUUGAUCUGUUUCAAAGAAUACAAUACAUAUAAAGCAGAUAAACCUAACGUGUAAGCUGUACAUAUAGUGUAUGGAUUGAUCACUGUGUUUUUCAUCCUCCUGUACAAAUUGCUUAAAUGAUAUAUUUGUAUGCAAGAUAGACCAAUAACGCCACAUUCACCUGGAAGUGACAGUAAACUCAUCUUGUCAGUCAGCAUGAGAUCAACAGUAGAAACUAUCAAACCUGACAAUAAAGAAAACUCUUGUGUGGUC